AUGUCUGUGGCAUUUGAUGGUCACUCGGCGGAGGAGUGUCAACAGCGCUGGGGGGAGAUCCAGUCCCGGCUGCGGCUGCACCGCUCAUUGCCUGAGCUUCUGGAUGAUGCCCUCGCCUCACGCUGGGACCCAAACCGUCUCCGGAAGUGGGAGCAUGACAAACUGUGCCUGGAGGGUGGGCCAGUCAAGCCUAAAACGCCCUUCAUCAUGUUCAUGCACGACAAGCGCCCCAAGGUGAUGAAAAAGCACCCGAACAUGACGGCGCAGGAGCUCAUGGGGUACCUCGGCCGCAAGUACUCGAACGACCCCGCGGUCAAGGCGGCGUACACGGAGAGGUACCAGGCGGCCAUGGAGGAGUACCGGCAGCAGGAGGCCGAGUUCAGGAAGCAGCACGCCGAGAUCAUGGUGGAUCAGCCGCCGAAGCGGCCGCUCACGCCUCUCCAGUGCUUCCGCAAGAAGAGGCCGGGGCUCUCGUACGCGGAGGUGCGCGUCGAGUUCGCCAAGCUCUCGGCGCCAGAGAAGGGCCGCUUCAUUCGGCGGGCGCUGAGAUCGCAGGAGAAGUACGACGCGGCCGUGGAGGCGUACCAGGAACGGUACCCGGGCUGGAAGCCGCCCAAAGCCAGGCGCGUCGUGAGCAAGCAGCAGUCCAAGAUGCUGAAAAUCGCGGAGGGAAAGGUGUUCCGACUAACGCGGGCGUACGACCUGUUCCGGCGGGACAUGUUCCCGACGUGCGAGGGCUCGGCCAAAGAGCGCCUGCAGCGCUGCACCGCGCUGUGGCGGGAGGCUGACAGCGACACCCGACAGGGCUACCAGGCUAGGGCCGACCAGGAGAACGCGCACUUCCGGGACUCGAUGCCUCCGCAUCUGAAGAAAAAGGCGGCGCCACGGAAGCGACGGCGCAAGAUUACGGCCAAGAUGGCCUUCGUCGAGGAGAAGAUGCCGUCCGAUUUCAGCACGCUCAGUGAGGCCGAGUGGCGCCAGUUGCUCUCACGCAAGUUCAACAAGCUCAGCCAGCAGGACAAGGAGACGCUGUCAGCCCCGAUCCAGGGGUCCGAGUCCGCCGCGGAAGAGAUUUCCAGCCCCCGCACGCCGCGGAGGUCACGGGACAACAAGCGGAUCUGA